GCCAGAACAGAACAGUGCUGGUUGUCGUGAAGCAAGGAUUUAACGUGUUCACGGGUUAUAGUUCCGAAGAUUAGAUUCGAUUGUAUUUUUUCGUUGUAAUCGCAGUGAUAACCGUUUGCGUUUGUGUACAAGUAUAUCGGCUGCGUAUUGCGUUGGUAAAUAUUGAAAAAAACUUGUGAAGAAUGAAUGAACCGGGAUGAAUAAUUAAUUGUCGGUUCGGUAACUUUUGUUUUGCAGUAGACUACGGUAACUGUGCUUGGUGAAAAUGUGUUAGCCCGUUUGAUGUGUUGUGAUGGGGAAACUUUAGUGGCUUAGUACGGAGGUAUUUAUAAUCAGGAUUGACACAGUAAGGUGGUUUCUGUAAUUGACGUGCGCUUUUUGUAAAUAAUGAUUUAGUUUGACCAGGAUUGUGUUGAUAUUAGCGAUUGUUUACGAUCGGCAACCACGAUUAAAACGUAUCGCUUUUUAUGUGAAACAACACACUCAGUGGUUUGGCAGUUUCACUGCUUCAAGAAUUACUAGUUAAGGUAACAAACUCAGUGCUACAGUCUUACUGCAUCAAUAAUUAGAUAAAUGUAUGCAGUUAAGAAUCGUAACCAGGAACUAUUCCAGCACGAUGGUAUGAUGCGUAAGGGCAAGAUGAAGCCGAAGUACGACCUAGAGGAUUACAUCUACGACGUGGAGUCUCGAAGCCUGGAGCCUUCGGCUGAUCCGGAGGAUGUCUAUGCCCAGUUGCAGCAGAAAGAACAGGAUCUCAUGUUGGCUGCUGAACUGGGCAAGGCAUUGCUCGAAAAAAACGAGGAACUUAGCAGGCAGAACGAGCGACUGGCUGAGGAGUACUCUCAAAAACUAGAGGUUAUCGAACAGGACAGACACCUCCUGCGACGGAAGCUGGUCUCCACACAGGCGGAGUGCGACACGCGACUCCUUGAGCUUCAAGCCGACCUCAGAGAUCUGCAAGCGGCCCUCAACGAGAGAGACAAUGCGCUUAGAAACACUGAGAAAGAGAAGGCUGUGCUCAUCUCAGAGCUAUCUGAACAAAACCAAAGGCUUACCAACCAGAUUAAAGAGUCUGCGAAAAACGAAGAGCAACUAUCAUUGCAGCUUCAAGGAUUGCGGGACCAAUACAGCCUGAGGAAAUCCAGUCUUCAAGACCAUCAGACUAGUCUAGAUGUUUUACGAGAUGAAAUACUAUUCAUGUCUGAGAAGAAACUGGAGCUGGAGAGGCGAGUGCAGAUGCUCCAGGAUCAGCGAGACAACUUGUCGAGUGCCCUCGAAGAGGCGACCGAUCGAGUAUUGCUGCUUGAAAGAGAAACUAGGGAGCAGCAGAUUCAGCUGCAAGUUUCCCACCGGGAAUUGGAGGAGCUGCGAUCUGCGAACGGCUCCCUAGGGGAUCGGCUGGAAGCGAUGGGAGUCACCCCCCCAGGGUCAAGUGGCGGCCACCGCUCUCUGCUCAGCGAGAUGGAGUGUGACGACCAACUCCUCACCAGUCUGCCUCAGGGCGACGACCUGCAUCAGUUGAAAGUGGAGGUUGUGAGUGUUUAUGACAGAGUGAGAGCGAUCUGCCAAUCUCUCAAGCAUCGAGCGAAUCACUCAGACUCGUCGAUUAGACCUGACAUCACAGUUCAUCAAGUGAAGGUCGGACUGUUAACGACAAUAAUCAACGAACUGAGUGAUCUGAUCAAUGAGAUAGGAGGGGGGGAUUACUCGACGAGUAGUGUAAGUGUGACUGACCUUGAGAUUGACCUCCAUCGAGCACAAGAGGCCGUCGACCGAAUGACCAAAGAGAUUGAUGCCAAGAGUGAAGAGCUGAAGAGGCGAAACGAAACCAUUGUCGAUCUCAGCAGCAAGUUGAACAUCAAGGAAGCGGAGCUUCUGGGCGCGGUAGAGGAGCGCGACCGUGCGCGCGCGGAUUUGAAGGACGCGGGCGCAGGUGGUUUGGCGCGCGACGAAAUGGUGCGCAAAGCGUGGGAGGUUCGCGACGGCGCCGUGGCGCGCAAGAACGCGACGCAACUCGAGCUGGCCAAGACGCGCAUCGACAUGUUGCAGGCCAACAGUCAGCUCAUGGAGGCCAUUCAACAGAAGGUCGAGCUCUCACAGCAGCUGGAACAGUGGCAGAUGGACAUGCAAGCGUUGCUCGACGAACAGAUGAGACUGAAACUGGGAAAUCCGGACCAAACGGCGCAAUCGCAGAGCAGCGGAGCCAGCACCCCCUCCUCACUGUCCAACCCAGCCAAACGCCCCUCCAGGAAGCUGUUCGGCAUUUUCCAGCGGUGAUUCUAAUCCCCCCAUCUUUGAACGGACCAUUCUUGUUUGAAGAGAACCAUCAUCUGUAAUAUAUUAGUCAUUCACAGCAGCCUUAAUGUGAUUUAAUCCCACACUGUAUAUAAUAUAGAUAAAUGCUCUUACCGUAGGUUAAACCAAUUCUUUAGCGUAAUUUAUUGAUGACCGAUUUUAACAGCUAUUAGUGGAAGAGAAGUGACGGUAUCGGAUAGCACUGAACACAAACUUCCUUUAAUUGAAUAUCUCUUUGAACUAAUGUGAAAAUUGAACGACAACUCUUUUAAGCAUUCGUUGGAGAAAUUACCGGCAAAAAUAUUAGUUCAAACUUAAGGUAUCAAUGUGGGCUCUACCUGGGAAAAAAUUAAUAACUUAAUAAAGUUUAUGACUAGGUACUAAAACUUAGAAACUAAGUAGAAUAUCUAACUCAUUAACUAUCCAUGUAACACUUCAUUUGGGUGUAUUGAGAAUGUUAAAUACAUAAAAAGUAAGAUUUCAAGGAGGUAUUUAUGUCAACAUGAGUUUCUGAAUAAUUCCUAACAAUUAAUUAUUGAAAAUGUUUAAUUCUCCAAACAUUCAAGAUUGUUCAGAACAUUCGUUGAAACCCAGGUUAUGCAUCCAGCUGUUGCAAUGUCUCUUCAGAUCUUACAGUUUAAAUAUAAAAUUAUGAAACUCUAAGUGCUCUCUUUCAUACAAUUUUAGUUUUGUUGAAGUUUGGAUCGGGAAAAUCUGAUAAUGUACUUCGGAUGGGAUAAGAUUUAAUGUUAGCAGUUCUUUUUAAUUUGCAACUUAUUUUUAUGUACUUAAUUAGAAUGCAAGAGCUUUAAACUAGUUCAUUUUCACUUUUUAAUCUUAUCAUGGUCUAUGUUUCUAAAUGAAUUACAAUAUAUUACUACUGCGAAAGCUUUUCAUGGAGGUCAUCCCAUCAAUUAUUGAACAUGAAAUUUAUUUGUGAUAUUAUGUUUACCUUUACACAUUGAUUAUAUGUUUUAAGUUUAUUGUUUUACCUUCUUUCAUGUGUUUUAUGUUGAACAUAUGUUAAUAGAAAAUCUUGUACCUUCAAAGCCUCUUUGUUAUUUGUACUACUAAUUUGUAUUUUUAGGUUUAAGAAUAUUGUUCAUUGUUCAAAUUGUUACAUGCUAUUCUAUAAAUCAAUCCAAUUAACUUGAAUGUUUUAAACAGAAUCAUUAAGUGUAAAUAAUAUUUUAUAAAAUAACUGUCUGAUUAUCUAGUGUCCGAAAUGAAAAUUUCUUUUCCAAGUUAUUAUUUUUGUCGAUUUUUAAACUAAAAGUGAGUUAAUUUGGAACCUAAUUUCAAAUUGUUCAAAUCACGUGCAAUAGAAUGUAACAUUCAGUAGAUAAAAAUCUUCUAUUCUAUGCUGAAUGAUUUUCAAAAUUUGAGUUGCAAUGAUUAAAUAUCAUGGUUGUUCCACUAUUAUUGUGUAUUGCUUGUAUAGUAUUUUUAUAGGAAAAAUAUCACUGCUUGUAAUUUUAUUUAUUCAUAGGUUUUCAUGCGUAACAAAUUGGAUGUAUUUAUAAUAGUGUUUAUUUCUGUAAAUUAAUCCAACAUUUUUAAGAAUAAUAUAAUUAUUAAUAUGAAAUACUUUGCAACAUGUUAAACACCUAUGAUCAAUCAAGCUAGAUUAUUGAUGAAAUUCAACUGUAGAAACUUUGUAUUUGUAAAUAAGGAGAAUGACUAUUGACUAGACACAAACCAACAUUGAUGUUUAUAUCGACACAAUAUACAUUAUUUCAUGUGUGUUGCAAA